UCCUCUAGCAGAGCAUGAGGAAUGGGUGGGCCGGGCGGUUAUUCAGCGGCGGGGGAUGCAAUUAGUGGUCAGUCGGCUCGGCCCGCUCGUUUUCUUUAGCCUCUCCAUUGUUUUCCCUGCAGGUGACACUCCAGAGCUCGUCUGCCCUCCUGAGCGUUCAGAGAGCCAGGCGGAUCCGUGCGCCCCCCACCAUGGCCUUCCCAUCAGCCCCCUCCGCACUAUGGAUCGUCAGCUUAUUGACUGUACUCUUCACAGCUGUGGUUCACAGCAGCAUUGUCAAUGACGACGACCCGUUGCAGCCGGUGACCUCAGAUGAGACGGUGUCCGUUGGGGGCAAAGUGACACUGACCUGCCGGGUGGCGGAGAGCGACAACUCCUCACUGCAGUGGUCCAACACCGCACAACAGACUCUGUACUUUGGAGAGAAGAGAGCGCUGAGAGAUAACCGCAUCCAGCUGAAUCGCUCGACGCCCACGGAGCUCUCCAUCACCAUUUCUGAGGUGCAGCUGUCUGACGAGGGCGAGUACACCUGCUCCAUCUUCACCAUGCCCGUCCGCACCGCCCGAGCGACUGUCACCGUGCUCGGUGUGCCUGGUAAGCCUCAGAUCUCUGGGUUUGAAAAUCCGGUGCGAGACGGAGAAACAGUCACCCUGACCUGCACCAGCACGGGCAGCAAGCCCCCCGCCAGGCUGCGCUGGUUCAAAGGAAGAGAGGAGGUGGAAGGGCGUCCAGAUGUGGUCGAGUCCGUUCCAGACGACCCCACGUACAACGUGAGCCGUGAGCUCACCCUGGAGGUGAGCGCCAGCGACGACAACGUGCCCAUCACCUGUGCGGUCGACCACCCCUCUCUGGCCCCGGGGGACAAGCGGAGCGAGCAGCCCCUGCGGGUGUUGUAUCCCCCCGAGGUUUAUAUCAGUCCUGACGAGAUGAUGCCUAUAGAGGGCCAGAAGUUUUCUCUUCGCUGUUUGGGCAAAGGCAACCCAGAACCUGCUGACUACGUCUGGGAGAGGAAGGACGGAGAGAUCCCCCUGCUGUCCAAAGCGGACGGUGCUGUCCUCUCCUUCUUGAUGCUCAACAAAUCAGACAACGGCGUCUACGUCUGCUACGCUGACAACGGCAUCGGGAAAGGCGUGGGGGAGUACACACUGCAGGUGCAAGCCUCCGACAUGGACCCCAUCGACCCAGACUCGUUAGACCCCUCCUCUUCUCUCUCCCUUGAUUCUCCAACUUCCUCACCUUUUCUUCCUUCGACCUUCCUCUCGUCCUCCUCCCCUCCUGACAUCUUCCAAGGCUCGGGAUCGGAAAUCAUCGACUUCACCCACACCCCCUCCCCCGACACGCCCCCUCCAUCGCCUGUCGCCCCAACCACCAUCCCCCCCUCCGCCGCCUCCACCACCCUCUCCAACGCCCUCUUCCCCGACCUCCCCGAAUCCUCCCCGAGUCCCACGUCCUCCUUCGCGCCCCCUUCCCCUGCGACUCCUCCUCCUCCUCCCCCAUCGCCCCUCACACCCUCAGUUUCCGUCCAGCUGAAUGGAGUUAACACUUUCACAGAUGAUGCACGCAACUUAACAGACACAACGGCCAUGUCGGCGUCUUCGGGGGUGGACCACGCCGUGAUCGGAGGGGUGGUGGCCGUGAUCGUCUUCAUCCUGCUCUGCCUCCUCAUCGUCCUCGGCAGAUACCUCAUCAGACACAAAGGAACGUAUCUGACCCACGAGGCCAAGGGCUCGGACGACGCCCCCGACGCCGACACGGCCAUCAUCAACGCAGAGGGAGGCCACUCUGGAGCCGAGGACAAGAAGGAGUACUUCAUCUAGGUGGACGGACCGAGUGGUGGAAGAAAAGGAACGAGGAGGAAGUUUUCAAUACGGGCCGAAGGAGGGAAGAAGGAAAAGCCCUCCAUUUGUUUUCACAACGCUUCAGUUCUUCACUCUGUUGGACGGAGAGUCGUGGGGGC